AGUUAGUUGUACAUAAGACACCUGAAUUUGAACACACCUCUAGAGACUGAACCCACGCUACCGAAAAUUUUGUCCAUGGGCUCACCAUGGAACGAUGAUGACAGUACGGUAAGACGACCCCUAUACAGGCAGCAAACCAAUCCCUACAGCUAGCGAUGAUGGACCCUUCGCCCGAACAUGUGGGUCAGAAUGGGGCUGCACAUUACCCUACAUUACCUCAUUGCUCCGGAUUCCCGGUGAUUCAGCUCGGUGAAACCCGUCAAAGCCCAACGGUAUUAUGUAAUGAGUCCCGGCGUCUUGCUCGUCUCGAUCUCCUCAUCACGAUCGUGUGCCACAAGCCGAAUCCCUCACUUUACAACCAUGAACGAUCCCCUAAGAACCCCCGACGAAGCAAGCCAGCUCAUCCCAAAGCACUCCGGCUGUAUGACAUGUUACAUCAAUGCCUAUCACGCUCGAAGCUUCUUUCAUAUCAUUAUUCCCUAAGUCCGAAACAAAAUAAUUGCUUCCUCCUCGAUAGGAUCCUGCUAUGUACAUCUCAUCUUCUCCACGGGGAUCCCCAAUCGCGCUGGCUCGAUCCCAAUCACCACGACUCAAGUUGUGUUCAUCAUACUGAUCAUGAUAAUGAUAAUUUCUUCGGCACGCAAUUGUAGAACAUUUAACUGUUCAUACCCCUUGGGAAUGGCUUGCAUUGUAAGGAAAAGUCCAUCUAUCCACUGCUGUCUUGCGCAUGUCCGGUAACGUGUAGAUGUGGGCCGCGGGCGACACAAUUUCUCAGUGGUUCAUUGUGCUCGGUUUAGCAGCCAUGCUCAGGCGCCUUAGAUCAAAUGAUAGGCUCUGGGCAGCGAUCGUGAAUCGGAGACCGAAUGGAUGCA